UUGCACUGUCUGAUUUCAUAUUAUGUUUACAAAUCCUAAUCCCGAUUUUCGUAUGGAUAAGAAGAAGAUAAAAAGAAAUGACAUCCUGUCAAAGUAUUGACAUGUCCAGUUUGUGAUAGGGAAUACAAAGAAUUAAUUAUUUAGAAUUAUAGAUUUGCCUUAUGUCUACAUUGAAACAAUUUGUCGGUUAAAUUUUUUUAUAUAACUGAAUAAAAGUAAUUAAUAUGUGGAAAUGCCAUAAAUGUCACAAACCCGUAUAUUUUGCCGAAAGAAAACAAUCAUUGGGAUAUAAUUGGCAUCCGGAAUGUUUGAGGUGUGAAGAAUGUGGAAAAAGAUUGAAUCCCGGUCAGCAUGCAGAACACAAAGGAGUUCCUUAUUGUCACGUUCCUUGUUAUGGGGCCUUAUUCGGUCCUCAAUUAUUUGGACAUGGUACUAGGGUAGAGUCUCACAAAAGUUUUGGUGCCCAAAAAGAUCCGCCGAAGCUCAGUAAUGGUCCUGCACUUCCUAGAUCUCAUUUGGAAACGAAAAUUAAAGUUUAUAAUCAAUUUUAUGAAGGUAAAAGCGGCGAAAUUCGUUCUAGAGAGGUAAACGGUAGGUUUAUAUUGGAAGGUUCGUUGCGUAUACAUUGGGGUAUUCACGGAGUCAUUCACCUUAAAGAAAAUGACGAUCAACGUACAGUAGUUACUGUAAGAAAGAGGAAUUCUUAUAGAUCUUCUAGUCCUGAAUACGAUACAGACGACGAUAUCCAAAAUAUUUCAAGAGACAGUAGUUAUAAUGAGAUAUCCACUUGCUCGGAUGAUCUUACAAGGUAUUAUACACUUAUUUCCUUUGAAAAAAAAACAUCCGGUGAUGCCAUGUCUUGUAGAUCUGAUACAGGUAUAGAAAGCGGAUCGGAAUCUCUGGAUUCCAGUGUGACUGAUAGUAAUUCUCCCCAUAAUGUGAUCAAAAGUGUGACGUUGCCUUCUAAAUUGGACGUUAAAUCUAUGGAAUGGGAUGAACUUGACGAAUUACUCCGUGUCGAACGAAAAAUCGACGUAGCUGAUCAUUUGUAUCAAACAAUGCCGGUAACUUUACCUUCUCAAACCAGCCUUGAAAGUACCAGUGGAUCUAGCAGUAGCACGAAAACCGAAAGUUUAUCGUUAACAAUAAAAAAUGAUGUGUCUUCAAUGGUAACGGACGCUGAUAGUACCUUGAAAGCUUGCUUAACUAACGGUACCACUAGUGAAGACAAAAUCCCAUUGAUAUCGCCGUCUUUGAGUAAGGAUGAUGCUUGGUUGUUGCAAGGUAGUCAUCUAAACAGAUCUAUGUCUGGUCCCGAUUGUUUGGGUCGAAUCAGAGAUGCCCAAUCUCCCGAAUUCGACAGAAGUAGCAUGAACAGCAUGGAUAUAUCGACUAUGUCAGAACAACCGGAAGAAGUUGUACUAAGAAGACCACAUAAAGGUUCUACUGCAAUAAAAAGAAGACCAGGAAAACGUUUAUCGAGAAGUAAAGUCAAAAGAAGAUGUUCAAUAAACGGUCAUUUCUACGACCGUGAGACCAGUUUCUUUACACCACCCCACGGUAGUCAAAUGAGUGUAUGGGUAACGUCUCUAGUCAAUACCAGUGAAGUCAUAAAUUUAUUAUUAGAAAAAUAUAAAGUUGAAAGCGAUCCUCAACAUUUCGCUUUAUUUGUCGUCAGAGAUAACGGGGAGCAACGUAGGUUGAAAGAUGACGAAUAUCCGUUGUUGACCAGGGUUCUGUUAGGACCCCACGAAGACGUUGUCAAAUUGUAUUUAAUGGACAGUCACAAUACUCCGGAAGUUAGUUGCGAAGUUGCCCAAUUUUUGAAUCUGACUUUAGCCGAAUGUCGGGCUAUUCUUUCGCAAUAUUAUUCCCAGGAAGAAAGAGAAGUGGCCAGGAUAAAACAAAAGUACGAAGAAAUGAAGCAUAGAAUCUCACAUAAACUAAACGAAUUGAAAUAUGUAACUUCUUGAUGUUUUUUAUUUUUUAAUUAUUCUUCUAUAUAUUUUUACAUGUUUUAAUCAGUAUAUAUUAUUAUUAACUAUAGUUUCAACUCCUAUUUUAUAGAAACCGAUGAAUCUAAUAGAAUUUAAAGUAAAAUUCUUUCAUAUAUAUAUAUAAUAAAUAUGCUUCGUAAACUUAUUCACAUCGUUAGGAUUUAUUAAAAACAAUUUGCAAAUUAAUUUUUUGUUCACAUUCCUUCUUAUUUUCAUUUUUAUCUCCACCAAUGUGCCUUAAUGUGAUUUUCUACUCAAUUUAUUCAAUAUUUUCCUCUACUUACAAUUUAUUGUGGAUAAAUGUAGCUUCAGACAUAUGAGUGUUUGAUUUGAAGUACAUAAUGGGGAUCCCUGUAUGAUUCCGUAGUGUGUCACACUUUGAGAGAAUGCAGAUAGAGGUUUCGUCCUCUAACUAUAGCGUCUUCAGGUUUCCAUUGAGGCGACAGUGUCCCAACACGAUUCAUGUUAGUAUCCGUAGGUUAUACAUCCAGGUCUUCUCCGUUUAUAGUUUCCCAGGAGAGUUUUUGCUUGUAGAUUGACCCAAUAACUGGUUUUACUCCUAUUUCGUUUCCUUCCACUGUGUUGUACCCCCAUUGCAGGGUAUGUACAAGGCUUAGUCAUUUUAAUUCUGACAAUAGUGAAUGAGUUUAUGAAAUUUUUUUUUAAAUUUAUGUUGGAUUUUACUCUCAAAAUGUUUUUUAAAGAUUUUUAAUGUUUGACUUUAUAUGUUUUUUUUUUCAUGUAAUCGUGUUUCCUCUUUUUUUAUAUUGUUAUAUUUUUUAUACUUUGAAAUCGUAUCAGAUACGAUUUAGUUUACAAAAUUUUCAAUCGGUCUAUCGAAAUCAUUAAUUUUUCAACGUUUCGUAACAAGACUGUAAUAAAUUAUAAAUAAUUGUGGAAUUGUAAUAAUAAACUUACUAAAAAAAACGUUAA